ACUAAACGAAAUUAAUUAAACCUAUUUUGAUUCUAAAUCACACAAACUUCUGAUGAAAAGAAAAAGUGCACAAUAAAAAGCCCAAAAUGAACGUCCAUUUUCUUACGAGCCCUCUCCUCUGUGAAUCAUCGUGUUCAUGCCCCAAAGCCCACAACACUCUACCAGAGGUUGCAUAGUCCCUCUUUCUUUCUCUCACCCCGCAACAUCAUCAACGACAACCCGUAACACCAAAACGACCUUCCUCUUUCUACAAAUUCUAGAGAGAGAAACUCAACGCAACCCCAAUUGCUCGACCACGCAAACACACACUUCCUUGCCGAGGGAACAAAACAAAACAAAACCUUCUUCCAUGGCUCUCACAUUCGUUGCCUUACGCGUUAGGUUUUAGGGCAAAUUCGCCAUCGUUGCCCCUCUGAGCGAAGGGACCCUAAUUUCCAAAACCCUAGGAGAGAGGAAUUGCAACUCAGGACGCGCCUGAAUUGUGCCCUAGGUUCCCAUUUCCGCGUUCAGCAGAUUCUUUGAUAAAUGGAAAGUGACAUUCUUAGACAUUAAGAGUGGGAUGCAUGGAUGUAACUCAGGAUCUGUCUUCCUUGUAAAUGCUGAGGUUGAUUCCAUGGGAGGUGUUGUUGAUGGCGGAGUUGGUAUAGGUUUGAAAACCUCUCCGCGUCGAGUAGCUAUUGAGAAGGCUCAGGCAGAGCUCAGACUGGAAUAUGAUGUUCGUGAAGAAAGAAGAAGGGAACUAGAAUUUCUUGAAAAAGGAGGCAAUCCUUUGGACUUUAAAUUAGGGAAUGCUGCUUCAGUUAGUGUGCAGUCUACUUCAAUCACUGAUCAUCCUCAUGAGCAGUUUGUGACCAGUGAAGCAAAAAGUAGUUUUGUAUUGACUGCCUCCCCUCAUGGUGACUCUGUCGACAGUAGUGCUAGACCAGGGGUCCCUUCUCUUAGUGAACCAAAUACUGCUGAUAACCUCUUACUUUUUGACGGUGAGAACGAGUUGCCUGAAGGAGAAAAGAGGUCUCUACAUUCAACUAAAAGAACUAAUAUUGCUCCUUCAGAACAGUCUUCUCGAAUUGGGGGGAGUCAGAAUGCAAAGGAGACUGAAGAUUCUGCUAUUUUCCGGCCAUAUGCUCGAAGGAACAGGUCCAAACCAAAUCAUGGUCCUCGUGGGGCUUCAAGAGAUGCUAAGGGAUUGUUAUCUGAUACAAACAAACAGAAGGACAACAAUGUGCUUUCUGUUUCUAAGCCAAAGCCUACAAGUUUAAAUGGGGAGGUGCUUUCUAAAGAUCCAACAUCUAAUAAAUCAGUGGAUAAUGAAUUGGAUGGUGUCCAAGCAUGUCAAACAGGUAGUGGCAGUGCUAGUGUUCCUGAGGACAAAUUGGACAGUGCCGUGAAUAAAAAAUUUAAAGAAGAUCAACGAAUUAUGCCUUCUCAAGAUGAUAUUAUACAAAAUCCAGUUGUCUUGGCUUCUGGGGAAGCUAAAGCGGUUGGAGAAAGGGACCUGGGAGCAUCAGUUGAUCUUGAGCAUGAGCCUUGUGCAUCUACUAAACAACCUGGAAAUGAAUCUUGUUCUGGUCAACCAAAUGGGUUUGGCAACAUAAAAGUAGACAGGAAAGGUGUAGCAAAUGGAGAUAAAAAUUGCAGUGCUGCGUUAGGCAUGAAGAAUUUUGAUUCGGAGUCUUCCUGUGCACAAACUAGUUUAGCUAGAGAUGUAAAUAAUAAUAACAUGUGUAGUAAUUCUAAAAAUAUUGAUGCAAAUGGAAAUACUAUGGAACAAACAUCAGAGUUUGAGAAGAAGCUGAAUUUAACGGGCUAUGAAGUUGUUAAAGAAGGAAUUAAUACCAAUACUGGUGAAAGUGGUGCUACUUCCAACAAUGAACAUGCUACUUCUUAUGUAAACCAUUCUAGUAGUGGUAACAUGGUCAAAAGUGAGGAAAACAUCCUUACUAAUGGUUCUUGCAUGCAAAAUAAGGUGAAAGAUUCCUCCAAUAUUAAAGGACUGCCUCACAAUGAAAGCAGCAUAUCAAAUGCUGAUAAAGAGGAAAGGGGUGUCUUGUUGGAUCAUCCUAAUUGUAUCAGGGAAGACAACUGUGAAAGACUUAAAGUUCCUACUGAUGUUUCAAUUUCAACUCCGCAAAUUGCUCUUGUUGAAAAGGUUAAUACUACUGCAUCUGAAUGUCAACCAUGUUCCACACACAACUUGAAGUUACCAGACAAGGCUCAUGAGGAUUCUAUAUUGGAAGAGGCUAAAAUUAUAGAGGUCAAGCGGAAGAGGAUUGCAGAGUUAUCUGUUCGCACAUUGCCAUCACAGAUCCAUAGAAAAUCUCACUGGGGUUUUGUCCUUGAGGAAAUGACGUGGUUGGCGAAUGAUUUUGCGCAGGAGCGUCUUUGGAAGAUAACUGCCGCUGCACAAUUGUCUCAACAGGCAUCUUUUGCUUCUCGGUUAAGAUUUGAAAAACAAAGUAAACAUCUUGGGGUGAAAAUUUUGUCUCACAACAUGGCAAAGGCUGUCAUGCAGUUCUGGAAUUCAAUUGAGCACCAUUUAGUCAAUGAUGACCGUAACUGUGUUGAUGGUUCAGUUAGUUCUUUGAACAUUGAUUCCAAUGAAGCUUCUAGGGACAAGAGGAGCAAUUGCGAGAUGGUGCUGGAUGAACAAACGACCACUAAACAGGCAGUACAUAAGGUGCAUAGUUAUGCUGUGAGAUUUUUAAAGGACAGUAGGUCUCGUGGAAUUUCCAGUCAAGCAGAAGCACCGACAACACCUGACAAAGUAUUGGACUUGGGCAUUGUUGAUAUGUCAUGGGAUGAUCAUCUUACUGAAGAAAGCUUAUUCUAUACAGUUCCUCCUACUGCAAUGGAAAUGUACAGGAAGUCUAUUGAAUCUCACUUUCUACAAUAUGAGAAAACUGGUAGUAGCAUUCAAGAGGAAGUUGAUACAUCUAUGUAUGAUACUGCAGCAGAGUUUGGGCAUGAAGAGGGUGCAUAUGAUGAGGACGAAGGAGAAACUAGCACUUAUUAUUUGCCUGGUGUUUAUGAGGGUAGUAGAUCAUCAAAAUCAUUGCACAAGAAACACAAAAAUAGAAUGAAGUUUUACACUCCUAAGCCCGGUGAAAUUGGGACUGAUUUGCCUUACGGGCAUUAUUCAACUGGAGCUCAACCAUCCAUGCUUCUUGGAAAAAGGUCAUCAAGUUUAAAUGUUGGAACAAUACCAACAAAACGCAUGCGUACAGCUUCUAGGCAGAGAGUUGUGAGUCCUUUUGCUGUGGUCUCUGGGACAAUACAGGCUCAAGCUAAGACGGAUGCUUCAAGUGGAGAUACCAAUUCCUUUCCAGAUGACCAGAGUACUUUACAUGUUGGACCACAGAUUCAGAAAAGUGUGGAGGUGGAGUCGGUUCGAGAAUUUGAAAAGCAAUUACCUUAUGAUUGUGGAGAAACGUCAGUUAAAACAAAGAAGAAGAAGCCCAAGAAUCUGGGUUCUGCAUAUGAUCAGGGAUGGCAAUUGGAUUCUGUUGUCCUAAGUGAACAGAGGGAUCAUUCUAAAAAGAGAUUGGAUAGUCAUAACAUUGAAUCUAAUGGAGUUAGUGGUUUGUAUGGGCAGCAUAGCGUGAAGAAGAUGAAGACAUCAAAGCAAUCCCUUGAUAAUUUUGACAAUGUUGCUCCAAUAACUAAUUCUAUUCCCUCCCCUGCAGCUUCACAAAUGAGUAACAUGUCUAAUCCAAGUAAAUUUAUUAGAAUCAUUAGUGGUGGACGAGAUAGGGGCAGGAAAGCCAAAGCACUCAAGGUUUCAGCGGGACAGUCUGGUUCUGGAACUCCAUGGUCACUAUUUGAAGACCAGGCUCUUGUUGUCUUGGUGCAUGAUAUGGGUCAAAACUGGGAGCUUGUUAGUGAUGCUAUCAACAGUACUAUACAAUUCAAGUGUAUCUUUCGGAAGCCAAAAGAGUGCAAGGAGCGUCACAAAAUUUUGAUGGAUAGAAGUGCUGGGGACGGUGCAGAUAGUGCUGAAGACUCAGGAUCUUCUCAGUCUUAUCCAUCUACACUGCCUGGGAUUCCACAGCAGGGCAGUGCCAGGCAGUUGUUUCAGCGUUUGCAAGGACCAAUGGAGGAGGAUACUCUGAAGUCUCAUUUUGAUAAAAUUAUCAAGAUUGGGCAGAAGCAACGUUUCAAUAGGAAUCAGAAUGAUAACCAACCAUUAGUACCCGUCCAUAAUUCGCAUGUGUUUGCUCUUUCCCAAAUCUGUCCGAACAACUUGAAUGGGAGUAUUUUGACGCCACUUGAUCUUUGUGAUUCAAAUCAAACAAGCCCAGAUGGUCUGUCCCUUGGUUAUCAAGGAUCUCAUACUGGUGGUUUACCAAUGUCAAAUCAUAGUUCUGUUCCUCCUGUGCAUCCUUCAGCUGGGUUGAAUUCAUCUAUUCCAUCAUCUUCUGGUGUGAAUCUUGGCAGUAACUUAUCAUCUUCUGGUCCAUUGGGGGCCUCUGCCAGGGAUAGUAGAUUCGGAGUUUCACGAACUCCACCUUUAUCAGUUGAUGAACAGCAGAGAAUGCAACAAUAUAAUCAGAUGUUGUCUAGUAGAAGCAUGCAGCAAUCUACCAUUUCCGUGCCUGGGUCUCUUUCAGGAAGUGAUCGAGGUGGUGGGAGAAUAUUGCCUGGCAGUAAUGGUAUGGGCAUGGUGAGUGGGAUCAACAGAAGCAUGACAAUGACUAGGCCAGGGUUUCCAGGAAUUCCAUCAUCAUCUAUGCUUAGUUCUGGGGGCAUGCUUUCUUCUAGUAUGGUGGGGAUGCCAAGCCCUGUAAAUAUUCACUCUGGAGUUGGUGCUGGACAAAGCAACUCAAUGCUGAGACCACGGGAGACUGUACACAUGAUGAGGCCUGGCCAUAAUCAAGAACACCAAAGACAAGCCAUGGUUCCAGAACUUCCUACGAUGCAGGUUACACAAGGAAACAGUCAAGGCAUUCCUGCUUUUAGUGGGAUGAGUUCUGCCUUUAAUAAUCAGACAACUCUACCAUCAGUUCAGUCUUAUGCAGGGCAUGCCCAGCAGUCACAUCAAUUAUCUCAGCAACAGUCCCAUCUCAGCAAUCCCCGUCCCCUUCAAGGUUCAAAUCAUGCUACUAAUCCACAACAGGCCUACGCCAUCCGAUUGGCAAAGGAAAGACACUUGCAGCAACAUCAGCGAUAUCUGCAGCACCAACAGCAGCAGCUUGCUGCGUCGAGUGCCUUGAUUCAACAUGGUCAGACGCAGUCCCAACUUCCUAUACCAUCCCCUGUGCAAAAUAAUUCCCAGGCACAACCUCAAAAUUCAUCGCAGCAAGUAUCUCUUUCGCCUGUAACACCAACAUCCCCUUUGACUCCCAUUUCUUCUCAGCAACAACAGCAGAAACAUCACCUACCACAUGGUUUCAGCAGGAAUCCUGGUGCUAGUGCAUUGACUAACCAAGCAGCAAAACAACGGCAGCGGCAACCACAGCAACGGCAGUAUCCACAGCCAGGUCGGCAGCAUCCUAAUCAGCCACAGCAUGCUCAGGCUCAACAGCAGGCAAAACUUCUGAAAGGACUAGGAAGGGGAAACAUGGUGGUCCAUCAGAACAACUCUGUUGAUUCUUCUCAUCUAAAUGGGUUAUCUGUACCUCCAGGAAGCCAAACUGUUGAGAAAGGGGACCAAAUCAUGUCCAUGAUGCAAGGUCAAAACUUAUAUCCUGGAUCUGGUAAUCCAAAUCAACCACCCAAGCCAGUAGUUCCUUCUCAUUCUUCAAAUCAUUCCCAGUUGCAGCAAAAGCUACAUUCUGGACCAACAAACACUUCUUUGAAACAACUUCAGCCAGUGGUAUCUCCAUCUGAUAAUAGCAUUCCAGGAAAUGUUUUAUCAGUUACUGCUGGCCAUAUGGCAUCAUCUCCACAGACAGCUGUUGCUUCUAACCAUCAUCAACUGCCACUGCAAUCCCAGCCACAGUGUAAGCAAAGUAACCAAACUCAAUCAAAUGUUCAAAGAAUCUUACAACAAAACUGUCAGGUGCAUUCUGAGUUGUCAAACUUGUCUCAAUCUGAUUCACCUAAAGUUGAUCAACAUCCUGCAAACAGUGCUUCCCAAGUUGGUACAAACACUGCAAUGUCUCCAGGUUGUAUGGAUGCAGCUAAUGUAACUGUUCCUGCUGCAUCUUCUCAGUGGAAAACGUCAGAAUCACCAUUUGAUUCCAGUGUGGCCAAUCCAGUUACUCAAGUGAGCUCUCUAGGCAGUACAACACAUGUUGGAAAUGAGAAACCGACUAUUAAUCAAGGGAUGGGACCACAACAAUUACCAACUAGCGUACCUUCUCAUACACAUAAUUCUGGAGGGCAGUGGCAGCAGCAGGCAAUGACUCUCCAACAACAAACUUUACCACAGCCUAUCCCAACUCAACAGUCAUAUCAGUCUCCAGAACAUCAGCAGCAACAGGAGCAGGAGCAGCAUUCUCCAAAAGAUGUAGCUUUGCAACAUCAACCUCAGCAACAAGUGAAACAUAUGCAACAGGGACAGAGCAGUUUGCUUAUCCGGCCACCCAAUUCUAAGGUGGAAUGAUGAUGUCUAACUGAUGGAGCAGCUGAGUGUGCUUGGUUCUGUCUGGAUUGGAGUCUUAUACCCUUUUACUACCGUUGUACAGAUGAUGCUGGUCAUACAUGAGGGCUUUGGAAUAUGGAGAUAGAUAUCCAUUGUUUUCAGUAGGUCCUGUUACAAAUUAGGAAAAAUUGUAUUGGUAGGCAUCAUUGCUUACUUAUUCAUUUCACAGGUCUUGUAUAUUACCGCUGUUUUUAGAGGGUAUUUUUACUAUUUUCUUAGGAAAGAGACGAAUAUAGAGGUAUGUGUACAGCGUCGUCUCUUCCUUGUAACCCCCUCCCUACUUUUCGUUUUUUUUUUGUCUUGUUUUCUCCGCCCUUGUGCAGAGGAACUCGUUAUUUUUGUUCUAGAUUAGUGAAUGUAUUAUUAGCCUGUUAGAUAAUUGGGAUAGGAAUCAUUUUUAUGAGUAAAAGCCAAUUCAAAGUUUUGUGAAUA